UUUACUGCGAUGUUACGAAUAUGGCGAGAGAUCAGUCAAUAUCUUACCUUUUCUUACUGUUUUUGUCACAGAAUGUUCAUUGCACCAACAUAAGCAUAUCUGGACCAUUACAAUAUGCACGGAUAGACCAGAGUUUGCAAAUGACAUGCACAGUACCUGAGAGUGAAGCUCAACUUGGGACUUUUACUUUCAAGAGAAACUAUACCUAUGGGAUCUGUUCAAGGACGGUGACGACUUGUACACCACUUCUGGAUACCGUUGGAUAUAACUGUUCAUGUGGUGCACAAGGUGUUUUAAACUUAACUAUUUUGAAAGUUAGGUUGCGAGAUAUAGGUAUAUGGUCUUGUGAACGUGCGUCCAGCAGCAGUCUUUACCUGAAUGUAUACUAUGGCCCAUUUAACAACGUGACUGUUGACAAAACUUCUCCCAUGACAGUGAUAGAGGAUGUGACUGUAUCUCUGACUGCCAGAUGUUCUGCUGACUGUAACCCUGGCUGUAGCUACAUCUGGAUGAGUGGGACGCAGCAGGUGUCUCACAAAAGAGAUCUUCCUGUGGGCACCUUUAGGAGAGGCCAUGGGGGAGACUACACAUGUACAGCAAGGAACACGGCUACUGGAGAUACAGCUCAUAGCCAGACACUCACAGUGAAUGUACAGUGGCGUCCAACACUACCGACACACAACUGUCCCUCCUGGAUAGUCACUGGUCAGACAGUCACCUGUAGAUGCCAGACAACAGACAGAGGUAACCCUGAAGGCACAAUCAAGUGGAUCAGUCCUGGAGGUCAGACGUUGGCCUUCUCAAGGUCUUCAUCAGUGUCGCUUCAUCUAGCCUCCGUCCCAAAAUCUGACAACGGCACGACCUUCAUAUGUAAGGCUGCCAACCCUCUCUCAAUAUCUGGAGGGGAUUCAAUCUACAGCGUAAAUAUUGCGUACUUGGAGAGACCACAGUUGAAUUUUGACAAGGUAGAAGCACAAGGGACUGCCUCAGUAACUGUGACAUGCACCGUUGAGAGUAAUCCCAUUGCUGAGAUGACAAUGGAGAACAUUGGCAGUGAGGCACAACCAGCAUUUGGAGUUACAAAUAACCUCACGUUUACAACAAAGGCACAUUGUCUGCACGAUAAGUUUCGGUGCACAGCUGAGAACAGUCAAACAAAAACCCAAAUAUCCGCUAAGGAACAGUUGAAUGUUGCAUGUUCCCCGCGUCACGACUCCAGCAAGCAAAAAGACAGCAUUGUAAACGGAAAACCCCAAACAACUGCAUCUCUAAUAGCAGAUGUCAUAGCCAACCCACUACCUAACUUCACCUGGUAUCAUUAUCAAGGGAUGACCCCAGUACCGGUUGUUGUUGGAACAGACAAUGUUGUCCUCACUAAAGGUCUUCAGUCUGUUCUGAAAGUGCACAUCAAACGUGACGAGGAUUACGGAAUUUAUCGUGUUGUCGUCCAGAAUCGUGUGGGCAUCACUUCCCUUUUCUUCAGCUUAACAAAGGAUGUGUCGACACCAGAAAUCCUCCCUGUAGCUGCCGGAGAGGGAGCUGUCAUUGUGAUGCUGAUUGUAGCUAUAGUCAUCAUUCUUAUCAGACGAAGUCUCUUUAAAGAACAAUAG